AUGGACGUCAUCCACCCCCCUCCCACUUCCAGACACAUUCCCGUCGACGUCUGCGAGAACAUCAUCGACCACCUAUACUCAGACAGCGAUAUCACGGAGCAGGUUGAUUGUGUCCGCGCCUUGCGUCGUUGCGCUUUGGUGUGCGGAGAAUGGCGGGUCCGCUCUCAAAUGAGGCUGUUCUACUGUGUUGUCCUCCAUGACGUAGAAGCACUUCGAACAUUUGCGGCUGUCCUGGACACUGCGCCUCACUUGAGGGACUACGUCCACGAAGUGACUCUGGUCGGACGUACCCUGCACACCACCGCCAGUCCUCUUUCGCCCUUCCCCAUCGCCCUCUAUGGGAAGCUUCCGAGGCUCGAGGAGCUCUGGAUAAGACGCCCUCUGCCAUAUCUUCCUCUUCAUCCCCGCUUCCCCAUAUGCCUCUCUGCAUUCACCACAGUCACCCGCCUCAGUGUCACUCUCAUUACAUUCCUGCGCUUCAGUGAUCUUAUCAAAAUGGCCAUCGCCCUUCCACAGCUUCAAGACCUGCUUUGCGAUAAUGUACGGUGUCUCACCCUUGGCCCGCUCCCAGCGUGUAUAAGACCGCAGAGCAAUGAAACGCGUACCUCCGAUUUAUCGCGAUCUGCAACAAACCUUCAGUUCCUGGUAUGUGCUCUGCCAUCUACCUAUGUCACGUAUUUAUUGGCGCCAUAUUUGCGGUAG